AUGAUGCCGCGAGAGAAGGAUAGAAAAGAAAGCCAGGAGCUGUACCGCCCCGCGCGGCUGCCCGAGAUCCCAGGGCUGCGCUACAGGUUCCACAGCCAGCGCCCCGAGCCCCACCUGACGGUGGAGACCAUGACCACGAUGACCACGAGGAGGUCCAUGCACCUCAUCGCUGCUCGCCUCGGACUGGAAGAAGGCGACUGGGACCCCGAGAUGGCAUACACUCUCACCAUCGCGGACCUGGAGCGCAUGGCUUUGCGCAAGGCGGCGGCGGCGCGCGCGGCCGCGGCCGCGCCGCCGCCGGAGCCCCCGGCGUUCGACGGUGCCGCGCAGCGCAUCCAGGCGCUGGCGCGGGGCUUCCUGGGGCGGAGCGCCCUGCGCCGCCUCCGCGAGGAGCAGGAGUUGCUCGAGCAGCUGCGGCGGGCCUCCGCUGGCUCUCCGCCGCAGGCCACAUCGCGGCGGGCCUCGCCGAGCUUCCGGGCUUCGCCCAGGGCUUCGCCCAGGGCUUCGCCCAGGGCCUCGCCCAGGACUUCGCCCAGGGCCUCGCCGCACGCCAGCCUCAAGGCCACCGCCGGCCAGCCCCUCGACGCGAGCGGCCGCGCGCCCACGCUGCCCUCCGGCUGGGCGCGCUCGCCGCGGCCCCGGGCCGCCGCCGCCGCGGGCGGCGCGCGCGCUCCACGGCUCGCAGAGGGCCUGCAGGGCCUGCAGUGGAGGCUUGCUUCGACGUGCUGGAUCGCAUAG